CCUCAAAUUUUUUGGAUCAAAUUUUAUGACAACAAGCACAUGCUUUCAGCAUAAAGUUGCAAUUCAGACUCAUCUUCAUUGAAAUGCGGCUAGUGACUACUAUCUCUUGAGUGACAUAGCAAGAAGAAUGCAAACAAAAAAUGAUAAUUAUUGGGAAAAAGUAGAAAAAAUGAAUCCACUAUUGAUCAUAGCAAUGAUCCUUGAUCCUAGAUUCAAGAUGACAUAUGUUAAGAUUGCUUUUGAAGGCAUUUUUCUUGAACCUACAAAGCAUGAAGCCAUGUUGAAAAAGACUAUGGAUGUCUUGUAUCGAUUAUAUGAUCACUAUUCUAGUGUUGUUGAGGUUGAUCAUGGUGAAGCAUCUAAAUCUCAAUCAACAGUGGAGCAACAAGAACUACAUGAUAGUGUUGGAGUUGGAGAUGACAUUGACAUGCAAAAGUUCCUGGCCACUGCAGACAUUGUUGUUAAUGCAAAGAAAAUUUCUAAGAUGUAUGAAUAUCUUCAGGCAGAUUUAGGUGGUUUCCGUGAUCCAAAAUUUGAUGUUUUGGCAUGGUGGAAAGUAAAUGCUUCCAAGUAUAGAGUUCUUAGUGUAAUAGCAUGUGACUUGUUAGAUAUGCCUGUCUCUACAGUAUCUUCUGAAUCAAUUUUUAGUACUAGGGGUCGAGUACUAGAUAAUUUAGGAGUUCUUUAUUUGUAAAGAUAGUUGAGGCACUCGUAUGUGUCCAAAAUUGGCUAUCCAAUAAUACCCCAAAACUCAA